AUGCACGUGGAGUGUCUGGAGCCUAUGGUGGUUCGCUAUAGGAACCCUAUCGUCCUCAUCCACGGUGACUUCCACCAUGGUCUCGUUUGGUUCACGAAGCCUGACGGCAAUGCCGGCUGGGCUGCUAGUUUCCUCAAUAGAGGUUAUCGCGUGUACGUCGUUGACUUGCCCGGUAGCGGCCAGUCUGUGAUACCUUUCGAUUUUGACCUUUGCUCUGACUUCAUGGGCUGCGAAAAAUACAUGGAUGAGAAGAGUGUUGAGAAUCAACUUACUGCUCCCGAGAGACACAUCGUUGGGGGGACUACCGCGUGGCCGACGGCUGGGUUGCACAAUAAGUGGCCCGGAACUGGCAAGAGUGGUGAUCCGGCCUUUGACCUGUAUAUGAGGACUCAGCAUGCUCUGUUUCUGCAAAAGCCAGUGCGACAACAACUGGCUCAAAAUGGCCUCUGCAGUCUUCUCAAAAAUAUCGGAAAAGCAAUCUUGAUUGGACAAGGAGCUGGAUGCACGGCAGCCUGGCUCGCCGCCGAUGCUGUGCCAGACUUUGUGGCCAAGGUGGUUGCAAUCGAGCCUGCUGGGCCACCUGCCGCGAAGGCUCACAUCAACCACCCCGAGGGUCGAAAGUACAGCUCGUGGUUGAGCAGAGACGAUAGCGUACGAAAGUAUGGGCUUUCUGAUGUCCCUUUGACCUUCGACCCUCCGGCGAAAAAGCCAUCUCAAGGCCCAGUGCUGGAUCUCGAGGUCCGCCAACACCCCAAUAACCUGGGUUGCUAUAUGGCCCAGAAAUUCGUGCCGGGAUGUGUGACUUCUACAAAGGAACCACUCAAGCCUGGACAAGAGUCCGUACCGCAGCUGGUUCACCUUAAACUGAUGCGUCACGCUGUUUUCACUGCCGAGGCGAGCUCUCACAGGAUGUUCGACUGGGCUACGGUGACCUUCAUGAGACAAGCGGGUGUCUCUGUGGACCACUUCGAUCUGUCACAGUUUGGAGUCACCGGGAACGGGCACUUGAUGUUUCUGGAAACGAACAGCGAUGAUAUUGCUGCAAUGGUGGCUGGUUGGCUUGAA